GUUCUGCCCCGGCAGAUGUUACAACUUUCUCGCAUUCUCUCCCGCGGUGUCCCCCCAGGCCCGCCCAACCCGUGCCUCCCUCCCGUUCCCCGGUGGGGUCCUGCCCGCCUCCCUGCGGGGAGCCCGACUGUUCUCAGGACUGCGGGCGGGGCGAGAGGCCGGGCGGGGGGCUGGAGGGUCGGGAGGAGGAGGAAGGGAAAGCAGAGGCGAGAGAAAUUAGGAGGCGGGAGAAAUCGAAGGCUAGUAGGAAGGGGAGAGUCAGAGGAUGGUGGAGAGCACUUUUUGGAAGCAGCCACGCCGCGUCUCAGGCUGGCCCGGCUGAGCUGGGGGAGAGGGAGCGAGCGCGGCGCAGGGCGGGCGCGCAGGCGGCGGGCGGCAGCUCGGCGCGGGCCUGACCUCCCCAGAGCGCCCCGCUGCGGCCGCGCAGUUCCGGCCGCCAGUCCUGGACCAACCCCUGGGCCGCCCCCCGGGGCCGCUGAACGAUCUCGCAGCGUCCAGGCCGGCCAGGCGGCGGGCGUGCGGGCCGUGCGCCCUGGGCGCGCGAGGCGGUGAGGCCCCGGGAACCCUGUGCGCCGGAACGCGACGGCCGGCAUGGCGAUGCACGCCCUCACUGGCUUCUCGCUGGUCAGCCUGCUCAGCUUCGGCUACCUGUCCUGGGACUGGGCCAAGCCAAGCCUGGUGGCCGACGGGCCCGGGGAGGCCGGCGUGGAGCCGCCUUCGGCCGCUCCACCCCAGCCUCCCCAUAUCAUCUUCAUCCUCACCGACGACCAGGGCUACCACGACGUGGGCUACCAUGGCUCAGAUAUCGAGACCCCUACACUGGACCGGCUGGCAGCCGAGGGUGUCAAGUUGGAGAAUUACUAUAUCCAGCCCAUCUGCACGCCUUCGCGGAGCCAACUUCUCACUGGCAGGUACCAGAUCCACACAGGACUUCAGCACUCCAUCAUCCGCCCUCGGCAGCCCAACUGCCUGCCCCUGGACCAGGUGACACUGCCCCAGAAGCUGCAGGAGGCCGGUUACUCCACCCACAUGGUGGGCAAGUGGCACCUGGGCUUCUACCGCAAGGAGUGCCUGCCCACCCGCCGGGGCUUCGACACCUUCCUGGGCUCGCUCACCGGCAACGUGGACUACUACACUUAUGACAACUGCGACGGUCCCGGCGUGUGCGGCUUUGACCUGCACGAGGGCGAGAGCGUGGCCUGGGGCCUCAGCGGCCAGUACUCCACCAUGCUCUAUGCCCAGCGGGUCAGCCACAUCCUCGCUAGCCACAGCCCCCGGCGGCCCCUCUUCCUCUAUGUGGCCUUCCAGGCGGUGCACACGCCCCUGCAGUCCCCGCGAGAGUACCUGUACCGCUACCGCUCCAUGGGCAACGUGGCCCGGCGCAAGUACGCCGCCAUGGUAACCUGCAUGGACGAGGCCGUGCACAACAUCACCUGGGCGCUCAAGCGCUAUGGUUUCUACAACAACAGUGUCAUCGUUUUCUCCAGUGACAACGGGGGCCAGACCUUCUCGGGGGGCAGCAACUGGCCACUGCGAGGACGCAAGGGCACUUACUGGGAAGGGGGCGUGCGUGGCCUCGGCUUCGUGCACAGCCCCCUGCUCAAGCGAAAGCGCCGGACGAGCCGGGAGCUGGUGCACAUCACUGACUGGUACCCGACCCUGGUAGGUCUGGCAGGUGGCACCGCCUCGGGGGCCGACGGGCUAGACGGCUACGACGUGUGGCCAGCCAUCAGCGAGGGCCGGGCCUCGCCGCGCACAGAGAUCCUGCACAACAUCGACCCCCUCUACAACCAUGCCCGGCACGGCUCCCUGGAGGCUGGCUUUGGCAUCUGGAACACCGCCGUGCAGGCUGCCAUCCGCGUGGGCGAGUGGAAGCUGCUCACGGGGGACCCUGGCUAUGGGGAUUGGAUCCCACCGCAGACGCUGGCCGCCUUUCCCGGCAGCUGGUGGAACCUCGAGCGCAUGGCCAGUGCCCGCCAGGCGGUGUGGCUCUUCAAUAUCAGCGCUGACCCCUAUGAACGGGAGGACCUGGCUGGCCAGCGCCCCGAUGUGGUCCGUGCCCUGCUGGCCCGUCUGGUGGACUAUAACCGCACGGCCAUCCCGGUGCGCUACCCAGCUGAGAAUCCCCGGGCCCAUCCCGACUUUAAUGGGGGUGCUUGGGGGCCCUGGGCCAGUGAUGAGGAAGACGAGGAAGACGAGGAAGAGGCAAGCAGGGCUCGAAGCUUCUCCCGAGGGCGCCGCAAGAAAAAAUGCAAGAUUUGCAAGCUGCGAUCCUUUUUUCGUAAACUCAACACCAGGCUGAUGUCCCAGCGGAUCUGAUGGGGGGGAGGUGAGGAUCUCUGUCCCCCUAGAUGUACUUCCCCAUUCAAGCCUGAGCCUGCCCCUCCCCACGGAGGGGCCUGAGGUCAAGUCCCCAGUUGCCGGGAAAUGGAAGGCACAGAGACCCUCAGUUGAAGGGUGGGGAGCUUGGCUUGGGGCAGAAUAAACUAGACUGGGGUACCUGGAUUCCA